UACGAUUGCAGAUCCCGUCAAGCACCUGGCGGUACUCAUAUGCUCCUCUGGAACAACGGGUCGCUCGAAAGCCGUUUGCCUGUCGCACUCGAUCUGCAUCGCUCACGUGGCCAACUUCUUUCGAAUGCCAUCCCAGCGAUCGAGCUUUCGCCUUCAGUUCCCUGUAUUGGCUGUCCGGAUUGGUUAUUCUGCUGUGGCGGUACGAUCCUUGGUGCCACUCGGAUCAUCACCCGCCAGACGUAUCGACCGGAGUUGGCGCUGGACUUGAUCAGGAAAUUCAGAGUCCGGCCCUCUGCAUAACUCCUUCCCAGGCGUACGGAAUAGUCCACAGUGGGUUGGCAAAACCGGAGGACUUCACCAGCAUUCGUCACGCCUUCUGCGGUGGAAGUGCCGUUUCGACAUCGCUAAAGCGAUCCUUUGAACAACUGCUCCCCGGACGGUUCCCUGGAAGUUGCCUACGGGUUCUCGGAGAUUGCCUACUCGGUAUCGUUCAGCAAGGGGGAUCUCUACCGAGAUGGAUCAGUAGGGUAUCCUCGAGCCGGUACGGAGUUCAAGAUUAUCGACGACAACGGAAAUGCCCUGGAUAACGGCCAAGACGGGGAGAUUGUUGCCAGAGGCGAGUUUGCGUUCCAGGGUUAUUACGGAAUGGAUCAACCUUUCGGGGACAUGUUGGACAGUGAUGGAUGGCUUCACUCGGGAGACGUAGGGCGAUUCGAUGCGGAUGGUUACCUUUACGUGGUGGACCGGAAGAAGGAAAUGUUCAAAUACAACAACUUUCAAAUAUCGCCGACGGAGAUCGAAUGCGUGGUACAGGAAAUGGAAGGAGUGGCCGCGGUGUGCGUGGUCGGAAUUCCAGGGGAGCCGAAUGACUUGGCAACAGCACUGGUGGUCAGGAAAAACGAUUGCGCCGAAGUGAUGGAUGCAGAGCAAAUUGUUAGAAAAGUGAAUCUCCAGUUACCCGAUUAUAAGCAUCUUAGAGGAGGCGUGUAUUUUGCCAAGGAGCUCCCUUUGACUCCAUCAGGAAAAGUGUUACGUCGAAAGGUGCGGGAAAUGAUUAUGAACUUGAUGGACAAUAAAUGACUUCCAAACCCUGCUUUGGAGAAUACUAAAAU